AUGAUGCAGAUGAAGAACACCCCUUUCAACAGAACUGGUUGGGGCAUGGUUGAACCUGUUUAUCACAAAGCACCAUCCAAGGUGGUUUGCAUUCCAGUUCACUUCGUAGGUUCAGAGCGCACCAGAACCGAUUCAGCCAUAAAGAUUCAAAGGGUGUUUAGAGGGUUUCUGGUGAGGAAGACGUUGAAGAAGAUCGCGACCAUGAGGAUGGAGUUGGCGCGGAUAGAGAGCGAGAUUCGAGUGGACUUGGUGAAGAGGGAACAAAAAGAGAGGGUGAAGGUGAUCGAGACCAUCAUGAACUUGCUUAUCAAGUUGGAUUCUGUUCGGGUAUUGCACUACACUGGCCUCAGGGAGUGCAGAAAGUCUGUUAUAAAAAAUGCUAUUGCCCUUCAGGAAAUGCUUGAUCAAAUGGCUGUCCCUGAUUCUGAUGAGGAUAUGAAGAUGGAAGAGGGGAACGAAUGUAUUGUGGAAGAAGAAAAUUGUUUGGUGAAGGAAGAGAAAGACAGUGGAAUGGAAAAUAUGAGGAAUGAUGAGGUAGAGAAGGAGAAGGGUGAUUGCAUGGAAGAAGAAUACAUUGGGUUGGAAACAAGUUUGGUUGAGGAAGAGGAGGGUGAAAUGGAAUGUGAGGAGAAGCAAGAAGAAGGGGAGGAACUUGAAGCUUUAAGGAAUGAGGAGCAAGUGGAAGAGAAGGAGAGUGUGGGAACGAGUUUGGCUGUGGAGAACUGUUUGGUGAAAGAAGAGGAAGGGGAUUGUGGAAGAGAGGAAGGAGAUGGGAAGCAGAGGGAGUUGUUGAUGGAGAAGAUGGUGGAAGACAACUACAAGAUGAUGGAGAUGAUGGCGCAAUUGUUUCAGAGGAAUGAGAUGCAAUCUACACUCCUCACCUCCCUCUCACAAAGAGUGGAGCAGCUUAAGAGAGCCCUGGCUUGUGAGAAGUUGAGGAGGAAUAAAAAGAGAAAGGCUAAUGGCAAAAAUAAACAAAUUCAUCCUAAAAACUGCUUCAUCUGA